AUACCACUGCGAACUGAAAGAAGAAGAAGAAGAAGAAGAAGAAGAAGAAGAAGGACGCGUUUCCGCUUUCGUGCUGAUUUGAAAAACAUUCAGUUUUUCUGAAUCUGAAUUUAUUUUAUUAAUUUCACUAUGUCUAUUAAAUUAAAUGCUCUUUUCAGCGACUCAUAUGUGGAUAUAAGCCAGUAUAGAGACCAACAUUUUAAGGGCAACCGUUACGAGCAGGAGAAGCUGCUGAAGCAGAGCUGCUCGCUGUACGUGGGAAACCUGUCCUUCUACACCACAGAGGAGCAGGUGCACGAGCUCUUCUCCAAGAGCGGAGACGUCAAGAGGAUCGUCAUCGGCCUCGACAAAGUCAAGAAGACCGCCUGCGGCUUCUGUUUCGUCGAGUAUUACACUCGCGCUGAUGCUGAGCAUGCUAUGAGGUUUAUUAAUGGCACGAGGCUGGAUGACCGGAUCAUCCGAACAGACUGGGACGCAGGCUUUAAAGAGGGCAGACAGUUCGGCCGGGGCAAGUCAGGCGGGCAGGUCAGAGAUGAGUACAGGCAGGACUAUGACCCCGCCAGAGGGGGUUAUGGGAAGCUGCUGCAGAAAUCUUGAACAUGCCUUCUGCCAAAAAUUUUUUUAAACAUUUGAUUAAAAAUGUAUAUGAACAGGAUUAUGACAGGGACGGGGUGCACAGUAACGGAUCCAGUUUUUUGUGUGUGUGAUGUACAUAUUAGAGUUUAGUGCUUUAGGAAACUCAUGUAGUCUGGCAUGUGUAUACUUUCUUUUUAAAUAAAGUGUGUGCGACGAGUGGGGGCGGCCACGCCUUGUAAG